AUGCGUGUCCUCGAUACAACAACCUUCGAGCUACAUUCCGGCGACCAGUCACAGUUCAAACGGGAGAAAUAUGCCAUCCUCUCGCACCGUUGGGUUGGAAAUGAGAUCACAAUCGGGCAGUUGAAGGAUGUCGUCUCGGAGCUUCGUUCGCACAGAACACCAGCCAGCACUCCCCAGAUCGACAAGAUCCGCGGCGCAUGCAAGACCGCCCGCGAGCUGGGCUACAGGUAUCUGUGUAUCGAUUCAUGUUGUAUCGACAAGUCCAAUGCCGUCGAACUAGACAGGUCACUCAACUCAAUGUUACAAUGGUAUAGCGGUGCCGAGGUAUGUAUCACGUACCUGGGUGAUGUGGAUACGAGCAGGAGCACGACCUCGGUCGACGGCGGUCAGGGGCCCGACAUUUUCGAUAGCAUCGAGAGGAAAGGGCCGUCGUUAUGGUUCUCCCGGGGUUGGACGCUGCAAGAGCUGCUGGCGCCCCGCGAUCUGCGAUUUUACGACAGGAACUGGGACUUCAUCGACACUAAACAAGAGCUGGCCGACGCCAUCGCGCAUGUAACGGGCAUCGAGGCCGACUACCUGACGGGCAGGAAGAACUUCAGAACAGCCUGCAUCGCCGCCAAGAUGAGUUGGCUAGCCGGAAGGACGACGACCGAAACCGAAGACAUCGCAUACAGCAUGCUAGGCAUCUUCGGCGUUCGCAUGAACACUCGUUACAGCGAGGGCACCGAGGCUUUCAUGCGCCUGCAGCGAGAACUACUCACCGCGCCGAACUUGCCGAGAUACGAGACAUUGUUCGCGUGGAGGAUGCCAGAUGCAAAUGCCGGUCUGCAUCUACUCGGGCCAGUUCAGGACAUGAACUGGCAGGCCGGCGAGUGGGGGCUGCUGGCCGCGUCUCACAAAUGGUUCAAGGAUUCCGGUGGCGUGACGCUUGAUCAGGCGCCGCCUAUCCAGAGGCCAGCGAAGGGAUUCGGCAUGGCAGGACAAGGCAGCGUGCUUGCCUAG